CAAUAUACUAGGCCUACCAUUAUUUUUCUUUUCAUUUUGAUAGAGACGUGUGUGACGCAGCAAAAAUUGUAAAAGAAAAUGUUCAAGACAAUGAGAAUGAUCUCCAGAUUCACCUUACACGCUGUUCUUUUUCUGGCAAGUUUGGACAUGAGUUUCGGGACAAUCUAUAUGUUGACUGUCCCUAGACAGCCAUACUACGAGACCAAUUAUACUGCUGUGGUGACAGCCUUUGAGUUUAAGGCUAAUGUAGCUGAGGAAGUUUAUCUGGAAUAUUCUUGGGCAGGGGGCCAGUGCAACUCUACCCUUGUGUUUAACAGAGAUGAUGUACAGAACUGGACAAUGCACUUCACUUGUGAGAUGACAUACAACUGUACUGUUGACAAGGUCAACCUGAGGAUGACCAUCAAUAAUUCUUCCAGGAGUCUGGAGCUUGUCUUUCAUCAGUCACUGGGGCACAUUUUUAUCAAGACUGACAAACCAGUUUAUAGACCAGGGGAGACAGUCAAAUAUAGAGUGUUUGCUGUGGAUGAAGAGCAGAGGUUGUCUAAUAAGCCAGUUGUUGUGAAGAUAAAGGACAGCCGUGGCAAAGUUUAUCACCAGCACAUAAAUGUGGCAGGGACUCAGGACUUUGACCUGCCUAGCCCGGCGGUGCAUGGAGUCUGGAACAUUUCUGCUGUCUACCAGAUGCUGGAAAAUAAAAGCAACUCUGAGCAUUCUGUUAGCUUUGAAGUCACUGAAUAUGAUUUGCCCAGUAUUUUCGCCAGUCUGACAAUAAAACCUGACAUUGUUACACCUGAUACAAACAACAUAACCCUGAAUGCCAUGGCCAAGAAUGUUUUUGGUCAACCAGUGAAUGCAAGGCUACAAAUAAGAGUUGGAACAUGGACAAAGGACAGACUCAGUCUGCCCUAUCAGAAUUCAAGUGCUGAGGAUACUGUUGGCGUUUCUCUGGAGAUCUUUAACCAGUCUUUCUUAAAGUCUCUUGAGAAGGAAAACUUGUACGUGAAUGUAACCAUCACAGAGAGCUACACCCACAAAACUUUGUCCAUUAUAAAAAAUCACUCAGUGUUUUCUGACCAUUUUUACCAGAUAGAUUUUUCUAAGUCAAAACAUUUUUCUGAGCCAGGAUCGAACUACACACUCCAGGCACAAGCAAAAUCUAAGCUUGGAAAUAUAGCAUCAUCAAAGCAAAUCAACCUAACUAUUGAGUAUGUCUCAGGAUCAAAUUCUAAAUGGGAAAGUCGUCAAGUGAAUUUAGAUCAGUAUGGGAAAAUGUUUGAAAAUAUUUCAACUUCAAAUGGCUAUACAAAGAUCAAAUUUCUGGCUAGAGUUGUAGAUAAAGAACAUCCAACUUCUAAAGAAUAUUUCUUGGAGGUGAAUACAGUCAUUGCAAGAGAGAACAUUAUCAUCUAUAGAGUAGAUAAAAAAAAGAAAAAUAUUUGUGAUCUAGUAUCACUGAAUUAUAAAAAAACUAAUAACACCACAGAUCACAACAUUGGGACAGAAAUCCAUAAGUACCUCACAGUUUCUGUACUUUCUAAAGGUAGAAUCAUCUACACCACAAAAGUUCCAAGAAACAACAAUGGGAGUUCUGUAGUUGAGCUACCAAAAAAUAUCUGCCCUGAUUUAUCUCCUAACUACAGGAUUGUGGCUUAUUACCAUACAUUAGAUGAACUUGUGUCAGAUUCACUUUUUGUGGAUACAAACCCCUCUUGUCUUGAUAAAGUUGGGAUCAAGUCAGCAACUGUUCCUUAUAAACUCAAGGAAGAAGCUAAGAUAACAAUAACUGGUAGCCCAGGCAUGCGUGUUGCUAUUUGGGCGGUGGAUAAAGCUGUUCUAAUGCUGAAUGAUAAACAGACUCUAACACGACAGAUGGUGUUCCAACAAUUGGACAACAGGGACCAGGGCUCUAGGGAUGGGCUUAAUUCAUCCCUAGUUGAGAACUCUGGGCUUGAUUACUUGGUCAUCAGGACUGAUGGGAAACAAGUGGACAACACACCUAAGAAUAGGGCUCAACAUCAUCAGGCCAUUGGAAUAAAUACUGAGGCAUCUAAUGGCAAGAAUACUGAGACAUCUAAUGACAAGAAUACUGAGACAUCUAAUGACAAGAAUACUGAGACAUCUAAUGACAAGAAUACUGAGACAUCUAAUGACAAGAAUACUGAGACAUUGUAUGGCAAGAAUGUCAAGAACCCUGUGGUCAGAAAUGAGUCCUGGCUGUUAGAAGAAUUUCUCAACAAUGAGACCAACAAAACUGUGAGCUUGACCUUGCCUAAUGACCAGACAGUGUGGUCAGUUGUGGCAGUGGGCAUCUCUGCCCAGGGUGGCAUCUGUGUGACAGAUCCCCUGGAGAUCUCUGUCAACCAACUCCAGUAUCUGGAGCUUGUGGCGCCCUCUCAAGUCAGCAGACAUUCAUGUUUUCCCAUCAACAUCACAGUGCUCAAUCGGCAAGCACACGAUACGCACAAGGUUACAAUACAAGUUAUUAGUUCCUGCCUCAAUUUUUCUGGGAAUAAAACGUUUGAAAGAAUGUUGGUUGUACCAAAAUACUCUGCUCACUAUGAAAAUAUUACGGCUAGACCAUUCAACACAGAAAACAUAACAGAGUGUUCUUUGCUGGUGGUUUUACUUGAUCUAACUACAACAACAGUCAUUCACAGGCUGACGAAAACAAUCACAUUUCAAGAAGAGGGUCUAAAAGCACCCAUAUGCUCACGCACGGAUAACCUUAAUAAAGUUGACGUUCCAGGUCACUCAAACAAGACUUGUCAAAUAGUGACCACUAGCAUCACGGAGCUAAUGUGUGACAUCAUCUCUGACACUGCUGACCAGUCUAGCAGCGCUGAAGAAGUGGUAAAUGAGCUGGGAGCAACUGUUCAUGCCCUUAUUUACUUAGACCAAGCUGGACUCUUAGAUGAAAGUUUGAAGGAAAAAGCUGUCAUGCAAAUUACACCUGGUUUAGCCAGACUGCAGAAGUUUAGACGUGGCCCAGCAUUUGUUCCACAGCUCAACAGCUCACUGCCAGCUACAUGGUUAACAGUUCUUGUGCUUAAAACACUUUGUCAUGCCUCAGCUUUUACUUUUGUGGAUCAGAAUUUGAGGGAUCAAGGAUUCAAAUGGCUUCUAAAAAAUGUCAAACAAGAUGGUUCAAUGAAAGAAUACAACCCAAGACUUCAAGAGAAGGAGACUUUGGACUCUAGACUGAUGCUGGCAGCUGAAGUUUUGAUUGCAUUUAUUCAGUGUAAUAGAUCAGAGAAGGAAGAAGAUCUUGUCCUUCAAGCGUACCUGGCUGUGUUUCUAGAAGACAACCUUGGCCUGGCCAAUCAAACUCUGGUGCGAGCUAAAGUCACGUAUGCACUUCACUUGUUUCAUCAGCAGGCCACACACGCAGAUCUCAAGGCUUUCUUGGAUGAAGAGUUACACAACCAAGCUGCAAAUAGUACAAAAUCUCAGGUCAACUCUGUGGAGGCUACAGCCUAUGCUCUGCUUGUUUUCUUGGAACAUGAAACUCAAGUCAACAUUGACUCCAUUGGGGGGUGGCUGGUGGCCCAGAUCUCUAGGACCAAUGCUGUGGGCAGGUCAGAAGCUAUAGAAGCCUUGAGCAAAUAUCCCAGACAGAAAUGUCAACAAUCAAGUGAGAAACAUCCACCAACAAGUGUGAAGCAGGACCAGAUUGUGGCAGACAAAACCUGUCCAUUUGACAUGACAUUCUUGGCUAUAAAAAGUGAUGGCAGUAGCUGUAGCUGUGGUGGGGACAAGACAAGUCCAAAAUCUUCAACCUGUACCUCUAUAAGGCAUGGGCAACAGACCAUAUCAUCAUAACCCCCACCCCCACCAGUCUAGUGAGCUGUGGUUCACGCCCAAUGUUUAGUGACGGUUAUUGGCGCAGAUAAUUUAUUUUUUAAACGAUUUCAAACUAAGGGGAGGAAACAAGUUCUGCUUGAUCUUUUCAUUGUCAUCUGUAAUCUGUCUUCAUGGACUGCUUGAUCUUUUCAUUGUCAUCUGUAAUCUGUCUUCAUGGACUGCUUGAUCUUUUCAUUGUCAUCUGUAAUCUGUCUUCAUGGACUGCUUGAUCUUUUCAUUGUCAUCUGUAAUCUGUCUUCAUGGACUGCUUGAUCUUUUCAUUGUCAUCUGUAAUCUGUCUUCAUGGACUGCUUGAUCUUUUCAUUGUCAUCUGUAAUCUGUCUUCAUGGACUGCUUGAUCUUUUCAUUGUCAUCUGUAAUCUGUCUUCAUGGACUGCUUGAUCUUUUCAUUGUCAUCUGUAAUCUGUCUUCAUGG